AUGAACGGAGCCACCUACAAUGCGAGCGUCGAGACUUCCGGUGGAGGCGUCGGCCGGAACAUUGCCGAGGCAAUCUGGAAAAUCUACGGUGACGUCAAGCUGAUUUCCGCUGUCGGUAACGAUCAAAAUGGUGAUUACAUAAAACGACUGCUGCCAAACCACUGUGAAUCGUCGAUUGUCACCACUGGCAGCCAUCCAACCGGGAACUUUUCGGUGCUGCUCGAUUGCCAUGGGGACUGUAAGCUGUGUGUCGGGGACAUGUCCAUUCACCAGGCCAUCUCGCCGGAAUGGAUCGAGAGCAACCGGCAGCUGAUCCAGGAAGCGCCCCUGGUCAUUAUCGAUACCAAUUUGUCCGAAAGUGCUAUAGCGAGAACGUUGGAACUGUGUGUGCAGUUGGGAAAACCGGUUCCCGAUGUGUGGGAUCAGACGAUGGGUCCAUCUUCCUCUCGUCGAGCUUUCCCACAGCUGCUGCCAGUUGGACAUCAAGUCUUCAUUGGCCGCUGCUCCGUACCACAAGAUCGAUGUGGUCAACUUGCCAGGAUCCUCCUAUUACUACUUCGAAUUGCCGAGGAGUUCGGCAUCAUCCGUGUGAGUGCGGCCAUGGCCAUUGCCGCUUUCUUGCACACGUAG